GACCUCGGUCACCGCGCCGGCUUCGACGCGGUGGCUGAUGGACGUCUGGAGGAUGCCAUGGCCCUGGUGACGCUCCCAAUGUGGCCUUUCACGAACGAGCUCAACGCUCGCGGCUGGACGCUGCUCCAUGUGGCGGCACAUGGAGGCUUCGAGGAGCUCUGCGCAGCGCUCUGCCAGAGGAAAGACUUCCUGAACGUUGAUAUGCCGGACAAGGAGUUCUGGGCCACGCCACUGCACCUGGCAGCGGGGAAGCGACGCUGCAUUCUUAGAGUAGACGCUGCAGCGGGAACCGGUGUGUUGCAGAAGGAACUUUGUGUCGGGAACCGUGCUCGAGCCAGUAACGGAAACCACACGCAGCUGUAA